AUGAAGUCCAGCCUAAUGCAUUUGGUUCCCCCAAUGAGUAGAGAAAGAAUAAUCUCCCAGUUUCCCAAGUGGUACACCCCUGAAGCCUGUCUGCAGUUUAAAGAGCACUUCCAUGCACAGGUCAGGACUGCUUGUCAGCAGAGCACUGGAACAGCUGGGCUGAAAAUAUCCAAAGUGGUUGUGGUAGGAGACCUGCAUGUUGGGAAAACCAGUCUUAUCAACAGAUUUUGCAAAGAUAAUUUUGACCGAGACUACAAGGCAACCAUUGGAGUAGAUUUUGAGAUUGAACGUUUUGAGAUAAUUGGAAUGCCAUAUAACCUCCAGAUAUGGGACACAGCAGGUCAGGAGAAGUUCAAGUGCAUUGCAUCUGCUUACUACCGAGGAGCAGAGGUUAUAAUAACAGUGUUUGAUCUGGCUGAUAUCCAAACUUUGGAUCACACCAAACAGUGGUUAGAAGAUGCAUUGAGGGAGAAUGAGCCAGAUUCCAGCUUCAUCUUUCUGGUUGGAACAAAAAAAGAUUUGGUGUCAGAUGCUGUGUGUGAAAGGACAGAGCUGGAUGCCAUCCGUUUUGCCAAGGAGAUGCAGGCAGAGUACUGGUCGGUUUCAGCCAAAACAGGAGAAAAUGUCAAAGAAUUCUUUUCCCGAGUUGCUGCCUUGGCCUUUGAACAGUCCAUGAUAAAGGAGCUGGAGAGCAGUCCUGGGCACAGGGCCCAAAUUGGGGCAGGAAAUCUCAUCAAGCUAGAGAAGAACAUUAUGGAAGUUCCAGAAGACAAUGCUCAAGUCAGCCUGAGCUGCUGCUAACUGUCAAGUGUUUCUGCAAGUGCCACACUUUUCUGCAACAAUGCUCUCAAACCAGAAAGAGUGAGCUUAAAUUUUAGAAAUGAGGGAGGAAAAACUUACCCAAACUUUCCUGCUGAGAGUUCCCUUGCUGCUGCAGGCUCCCUGUGCAGGGUGGUACAAUUGUUAUGUAAACCUUUCUCUGUGUGGCUCAAACAUAGCAUCCUUGUCUUAAUGCAAGAAGACAUUGCCAGUGCCAUGGGCUCACCUGCCUGCCAAAAAGGCUUGUAGUCAAAAAUGAUGUCAUUUCAGUGUGUUGUUUUUUGAUAAUUUUCUAGAAAUCUUAGCUAGUGAAGCGGCAUUCUCUUGUGGGAGCAAGAAACAAGUGGCAGUUCAGAAUGAAGGGUGAUAUCAAUAUGGUUUUGCCUUUUAAAACAAUUGUGUGAAAUAACUCUGAUUGCUUUUAUGCAUUCCAAGUAUUUUAAAACUAUUUGAAAAUAAAUCUUUUAAAGUAUCAGGCUUGGAAGGACACAAAUGCAGACUGCAUAUUUUCCACUGUGAUUUCUCCAUCCAGGAAAAACGUUCAUUACUUUUUAUUUUUCACUUGAGAAUCAGAGCCCAGUAUUAAAUAUUUCCAAGCCUAAAAGAAGUCCAGGUAGGAACUCAGUUUUUUAACACAGCUGUCUAAUAUUUUGAAAAAUGUUGCCAGAUAAGAAUGCUAUUCUUUUCCAUUUUCUUGAGUAAGAAAGAAUGGUCACACAGGUGCAUAAAAUGGAAAACAUUAUUUCCCUCUAAUUUUUCCAAUAGCUCUCUGAACUCUAAUACUCUGUUUUAUCUAGCUUAGAAUUCCAUGUUUCUAUUAUUAAUAUCCAGCAUGUCAGGCUUGCUGGCAUUAAAAAUAGAUAUAAUGCUCUGAAUUUCAUAUUGCAAUUAUUUAAAAUGAAGAGAAGGAAAACCUAUGAAUAGUUACAAGGUACUGUUUCUUGGGUUAUUUAUUCAAUCAUUGCAGAAACAACAGUAUCUUUAAAAAUAAUUAUA